CCCGCCCCGCAGGAGCCUCGGCGCGUUCCUCCUCCCGCACUGUCCGCGGGCACCCGCUAGCCCAGCCCUGCCCGACGCCACCAUGUUGUCCCGCCUGCUCCGGGAGCACCAGGCCAAACAGAAUGAACGCAAGGAACUGCAAGAGAGGAGGAGACGAGAGGCCAUCACGGCCGCGACCUGCCUGACAGAAGCUUUGGUGGAUCACCUCAAUGUGGGUGUGGCCCAGGCCUACAUGAACCAGAGGAAGCUAGACCAUGAGGUGAAGACCUUACAGGUCCAGGCUGCCCAAUUUGCCAAGCAGACAGGCCAGUGGAUCGGGAUGGUGGAAAACUUUAACCAGGCACUCAAGGAAAUUGGGGACGUGGAGAACUGGGCGCGAAGCAUCGAGCUGGACAUGCGCACCAUUGCCACGGCACUGGAGUACGUCUACAAAGGGCAGCUGCAGUCCGCCUCCUCCUAACCCCUCUCUCCUCCCCUCUCCCCCACUCUCUGGCCUCACCCACAGGAGCAAGAAUAAAAUACAGUAGCUACU